ACCACAAUGGACACCUUGCUGGUUGGCUGGACGCAGUGCGGCGAUGUGCUGCAGGAUAAAUGGAACACGCUGCUGGACACCGUGGGUGAGGACUCGUGGCGCCUCUGGGUGGUGGGCAGCACGCUGGUCAUCUUCAGCGUAUACUGGCUAUAUGCAGGCAUCUUUACCCUGAUGGACAUCACGAAUCGACCGCGUUUCCUGCGCAAAUACAAGAUCCAGCCGGGCCAGAAUGAGCCAGUGGAUCUGGCCAAGUUGUGGCAUGCCGUCAAGGUGGUGCUGUUCAAUCUGACGGUGGUUAACUUUCUGGUUAGCUGGGUGGUGUACGAGUUCGUUUACAAAACGGAGAACAGCCAGGACAUCCGGGUGCUGCCCACAUUCAAGCGAUCCGUGCGCGAUUUGGCCGUGUUUGUGGUGCUGGAGGAGAUCAUGUUCUACUAUGCCCACCGCCUGCUGCACCACAGAUCGGUGUACAAGUAUGUCCACAAGAAGCAUCACGAGUGGACGGCGCCCAUUGCCGCCAUCACGCUGUACGCGCAUCCGGUGGAGCAUGUGGUGGCCAAUCUGCUGCCGGUGGCCACGUCCAUUGCCAUCCUGGGCACCCACGUGGCACUGGCCUAUGUGAUCUUCGGCCUGGCCAUCAUCAACUCGAUGAGCGAUCACACGGGCUACAGUUUUCCGUGGUCGGCGGGAUCGGUGCGCUUCCACGACUAUCACCAUGCCAAGUUCAACUACAAUUACGGAGUGCUCGGUCUGCUGGACAAGCUGCAUGGCACAUAUCGCGCGCCCGCGGAGCAAAGGGGUCCUUCGCAAAGGAUCAGGAAGUCCAAGAAGUUUGCUAAGUAAUUCAAUUGAUUUAAUAACUUCUUAACUUUUUUUUUGUUAUACUAGUUUUUUAUUGCUUAAAUACACCAAGGUCAUUAAAAAUGAUUUUAGCUUGAAAAAUAGUUGAGUUUUCGCUGUGUAAAUGCUUACAUAGAAAUUAGAUGUGUUCUAAUUGUUCUAUAAUUAAAUAUUAUCUUUAUAAGCAAUUGCGAUUGAGCACUUGUUUUGAUUUGACUUGUAUAUACAAAUAUACAUAUGUUGCAAAAAUAAAUAGCUUGUAAAUAUUACAGACUUCUAGUUUGGAUUAUGAACAACAAAAGCUUUUCACUUUCCUAGCCAAUUUAGCAACCUUAUGCUUAAUCACCGACUAAGUGUUUAAAGCUUAAAUUCUUUAAGUGGCU